AUGGGUUGGCCUUACACCCAAGAGGAGUCGGACAAAUGGCAGAUGGAGGAGCGAGGAGGUGAGCAAGGCGACUACCGAGACGGCAUGCAGGAGAAGAUUGCCAACGUCAUCGCUUGUCUGAAGAGCGAGCCCAGGUCGAAGAGGGCGAUUAUCCCGAUACCGUUCUCCUCAGAAGGCAGCAAAACCGUAGACUGGACGAACAAGGGACAAACAAAGUGUUGUCGUGAGUUGCACCUGUACAUAGAGGACAGCCAGCUGAAGUGCACGGGCAUCUUGCGUAUGCAAAAUGCUUUGGACCCAGCAGCUCUUUGA